GUACGCUGUUUUCUGUUUUGAUGAACUUUUGAUAUCUGCUUGAUGCUCACAGACUAGGCGUUGAUUGCCUUCUGCCUCACUGGGAACACAUGCAAGCACGGAUGACAAUCCAUAUUGAAAAACAGCCAUAUACCUUUCGCUGUGUUGACGUCCUGACUACCACUUUGGAUUCACAACUGAGAGAAAUGCAGCUGACCUCAGAGUUGAGUGGUCAGCUUCCCGGAGUAAAAUCGGCACCUUGUGAUGCUCUGUGGUCACCAGAGGAGACCCAGGACCAGCUGCAGCACUGUGACGAGCCUGCAACCAAGCCCGGUACCCUUGGACCGACGGAUCGGAGGUGCCGUGUCAAAGAAGAACCUCCGGACAACAGUUCAACAGAUGAACAUCCGAUCGUAGAAUUGGAAACUGAGCCUUACAACACUGCAAUAUUGUCAGGACUGGACGAAGUGGGACAUGUCCGUGAGUCGACAUCAGAAGAAGCAGCAGCAAGCACCAGUGUGGUCCAGACGAAGAAUGAGCCCAAAGACAUUUGCGAUCCAGCGCCUUUGGGUUGCUACCCUUCAAAUGCAGAGUCCGACGUCAACAUGACGUCAUCCCAACCUCCGUUGUUCGAAAACGCCAUCUCCGCCAUUGUGAACGGUCGGCACGGGGAUUCCAGGCCCGGAGACGUUGCUUCGGAUGAGGCCGAGGCACGAGAUGAGACGUGCAAGCACGGCGUCUGUUCGGCUGCACGCGUUGACAGCGGCCACUCGGACGUUCGGACAAAAACUAACGGCGUGAAGACACUUACCGAGGGGUCCGAACAGUGUCCCGCAGGGUCGUACGGCCGGACGCGAGAGACGAGGCCCGCGAAUGACCCACGUCCCACUGCAUUACCCCCGUCUGAGAGUGCCAGGUCCCACAACAAGCCCCCCGGCAACAAGAAGCUGUACCAGUGCGACGUCUGUCUCUCGCCGUUCAGCAACCGCGCGUACCUGCGGACUCACAGGCGGACGCACACGGGCGAGAGGCCGUACAAGUGCGACGCCUGCUCCGCGGCGUUCAGCCAGCGCUCGAACCUGCAGAGUCACAAACGGACACACACGGGCGAGAAGCCGUACAAGUGCGACGUCUGCCCCGCCCAGUUCCGGCACAACCCCAACCUGCAGCGCCACAAGCGGGCGCACACGGGCGAGAAGCCGUACAAGUGCGACGUCUGCCCCGCGGAGUUCAGCCAGGGGACGAACCUGCAGCGCCACAGACGGACACACACGGGCGAGAAGCCGUACAGGUGCGACGUCUGCCCCGCGGAGUACGCCCACGGGCACGAGCUGAAGGCCCACGCGCGGGCCCACACCGGCGAGAGGCCGUACGAGUGCGACCUCUGUCCCGCGAGGUUCAGGAAGGGCACGUUGCUGUGGCGUCACAAGCGCGCGCACACGGGCGAGAGGCCGUACGCGUGCGACCUCUGUCCUGCGGAGUUCGGCCAGAGCACGACCCUGCGGCGUCACAAGCAGACGCACGCGGGCAAGAAGCAGUACCAGUGUGGUGUUUGUCCUGCAGAGUUUGUCCACAGGGAGGCGCUGAAGGUUCACACGAGGACUCACACCGGCGAGAAGCCGUACGAGUGCGACCUCUGCGUCGCACGGUUCAGCCGCAGCGCGACUCUGCGGCGUCACAAGACGACACACGCGGGCGAAGAGCCGUAGGAGCGCGAUCUCUGUCCGGCACAGUUCAGCCAGCGCAGGAACCGUAACGAGCAAACGCGUACAGGAAAGAAGCCACACGAGUGGCGACCUCUGUCCUGCAGCGAACAGCGAGAACUGGAGCCUGCGGCAUCAAAAGCAGACAUACAGUGGCAAGAAGCUGUACGCAUGCGAUUUCUGCUCUGUAGAGUUAAAUAGGAGAAUGGACCUCGAGCAUCAAAAGCAAACACGCAUGUACAAGAAUCUGUACACGAAUCCGUGGACGUUGCAGGAUGCACUAUCCUGCAACGUCCACGGACAGCAAGAACCUGCAGUGCCGCAGGCGAACGCAGACGGGUGAAAAGCCGCACGAGUGCGAUCCCUGUUCAGCGAAGUUGAGUCGGUGCACGUUCCUGCGUGGUAAUGGCCAGAGUGUAGAGGCUGCAUUGAUUCAAACUGUAUACCACUGCGUUUCACUACUCUCUUGGGCUUUGAAAACUCGCACGCAUGAAGAGAGUGGAGUUAAAAUAUGUGUACCAGUCG